AUGAGUAUGAUAGCGAAUUCACAUGAUAAGCGUAAACACCUGCCUUUUGGAGUAGGUGUCGAGAAGACCCAAGCUGGUGGUUACGUGGGAUGGAGCCGUUUCUCGGGAAAGAGGGCCGUGCGCGCGAUCGACACUCUCCUCGUGGCCCCAACCUCAGGCGCCGACGGCACAUCUUCUCCCAACUGGAAACCUCUGUCGGCGGAGACAUCGCCGCCAAUAUCCUUGCUGAUUGCUCGAGCUGGACUCAGCGGCACAUUCUGA